AUGGGCAACCCGGGCCGCCAGACGCGGCGAGAGGGGUCCUGCGGAGCUCAGGUGCGGCGCCGCGGCAGGAAGCCACCCCCCAGCGGGCCGGUCCGCUGCGCGCUGCUGGCCGCCCUGCUGGCCGCGCCGGGGGCGGCGCUGGUCCCGGGGCGCUGCCCGGCGCUGGAGGUAGCGAGUGAUGUGCAGACCAGUCUGCCUGGAGUCAGCGUUACCCUGACCUGCCCGGGGGAAGAACCAGAAGACAACGCCACUGUUUACUGGGAGAUCAGGAAUCGGGUCGAGGGCUCGCAACCCGGAAGAUUGGUCAGCAAAGGAAGGAGGCUGCUUCUGAGGUCGGUGCAGCUCAGUGACUCUGGAAACUAUUCGUGCUACCUGGACGGCCGCCCAGCUGGGACUGUGCACCUGCUCGUGGAUGUUCCCCCAGAGGAGCCCCAGCUCACCUGCUUCCGGAAGAGCCCCCUCAGCAAUGUGGUUUGUGAGUGGAGUCCGCAGAGCCUCCCUUCCCCGACGACCAAGGCUGUGCUGUUGGUGAAGAAGUUUCAGAACAGUCUGAUACAAGACUUCCAAGAACCAUGCCAGUAUUCUCAGGAGUCCCAGAAGUUCUCUUGCCAGUGGGCCAUCCCAGAGGAGGACAACUCUUACAGCUACAUAGUGUCCCUGUGUGUCACCAACAACGUUGGGAGCAAGUCCAGCAGAUCCCAGACAUUUGAAGGUUUUGGAAUCCUGCAGCCUGACCCGCCUGUCAAUAUCACUAUCACUGCUGUGGCCAGACAUCCCCACUGGCUCAAUGUCACCUGGAAAGACCCUCACUCCUGGAACUCCCGCUUCUACAGGCUACAGUUUGAGCUUCGAUACCGAGCUGAACGGUCCAAGACGUUUACAACAUGGAUGGUCAAGGAUUUCCAGCAUCACAGUGUCAUUCACGACGCCUGGCGUGGCAUGAGGCACGUGGUUCAGCUUCGGGCCCAGGAGGAGUUUGAACAAGGCUCGUGGAGCGAGUGGAGCCCGGAGGUCAUGGGCACCCCUUGGACAGAAUCCAGGACUCCUCCAGCUGAGACUGCGGUGCCCACCUCCAUGCCGGCACCUACCACAAAGGGUGAUGAGGAUGUUCUCCAUGAAGAUUCUGUAAAUGCAACAAGCCUUCCAGUGCAAGAUUCUUCCUCCGUACCGCUGCCCACAUUCCUGGCAGCUGGAGGAAGCCUGGCCUUCGGAACGCUCCUCUGCAUUGGUGUUGUCCUGAGGUUCCAGAAGACAUGGAAGUUGAGAGCUCUGAAGGAAGGCAAGACCAGCAUGCACCCGCCAUAUUCUUUGGGGCAGCUGGUCCCCGAGAGGCCCAGGCCCACCCCAGUGCUUGUUCCCCUCAUCUCUCCACCGGUGUCCCCCAGCAGCCUUGGGUCUGACAACGCCUCAAGCCACAGCCGACCAGAUGCCAGGGACCCACGGAGCCCUUAUGACAUCAGCAAUAGAGACUACUUCUUCCCCAGAUAA